CAAGUCUUCCGUGUAGUUUGUUUUCAAUGUGUGUUGUGCACGUGUGAAUAUGACACGUUAUUCGCGUAAAAAAGGUAAUCAUGGGUAUUCAGCUAAACGAAAACAGAUUAAAAUCAAAAGAAAGACUAAAGAUCUGGAUGAAAUCAAUGAUGAUAUGCAACCAAAACGGGCCGAAGAGCUAUUAAAUCAAGAAGUUGAUGUCGAUUUGCCUGGUUGUGGGCAAUAUUAUUGCCUUCAUUGUGCAAGAUACUUUAUUGACAGCCAUGCUUUAAAAGAACAUUUUCGUACUAAGGUUCAUAAAAGAAGGCUCAAGGCUCUAGAAAUGGAACCUUAUUCUCAGAAAGAGGCUGAAGCUGCUGCAGGUUUAGGAAACUACAUAGCACCAAAACGGAGAAAAGUAGAAACUCAAGAAACAAGUAUACAUUAGAAAAAGCAGAUUCCUCACCAGAUUAUAAUUCUUUAUGUAUAAAGAGAAUAUUUCUUGUCAUUUUUGAAUAAAACUUAAAAGUAUAUCUGUUUAUGAUUGGUUAUCUACAAAA